AUGAAAAUAUUGCACACACGCGCGGCAGCAGAGCCCAUAUUAUUGGCUACAACCUGUCACAAUAUGAAUCUUCUUGCUGUUGUCACCAAAUCACUGGUCGUUGUGUACCGCUCAACUACACUCACGGUUGUAACGCAGUUUGCGCUAUCGAUCCCAGCCGAUGAAACGUCGGUUUGUGCUUGCUGGUCACCCUCAGGCCGCCUGCUGGUGAUUGGACUGCAGAACGGUGAAGCGUUUCUUCUCGAUGUUGAAAGCGGCGAUCUCGUACGGCGAUUUGUUCCACGUAGCGAUGCAGAGUGCUCCAGCAUUAUGGUAGAGGACAUUAGUGGUGGCACUGCACCCGCACCGGCCGCAGGUGAUGCGGACAACGAUGGGGAUGACGAGGGAGUUGGCAAAAGUUACGAUCCCUUGCGACAACCACCAGUGCUGUUCACGUCGAUGAAAGGCGCCAUCAUGGCCUGCACGUGGACGACGGUAGCCUCCCAGGUGUCCUCAACUAAUCGGCAUCAGGAACGCUGCUUACCUCUUCGUACCACCGUAUUGUCUCCUAUUCUUGAUGAGUUGGAGCGUGAAGAUGAGACUCCGGUGCUAAUUCUCCUUGACCAAGAAGGGGGCUUGAGUUUUCUUCCCGGAGGAAUGCGAGAGGUUUGCUUCGUUCCGGCAAGGUUACCGGUCAAUCUAACCCCAAAUCUUGCGUGCGUGGACACGUUUGUCGUUUGCAAACCAUCAACUGCAGCUGGAAAGGAGGGCGAUUCCGGUGGCUUGGCGUUAAAACACCUUGAUUGUGCGACUGGUGACAGUUCCAAACGUGAUGCCGAUAACGCGGUAGCAGCACAUGUGGCGUAUUUGGUUGUGCGCCGCUCCUUAUCAAAGGAGCACCCGCACGUGAUACGCUUUGAUUUGUCUCCAAUAAUCGCAAGCGCAACUCGUCGUGAUGUUGUUUCUGUGUGCUGCAUUGCGGAAUACUGCCGUAUGGGCAGGGACUGCUUCUUGUACUCGCUUCGACGGUGGACCAAUCUCAUUUGCACCGUUCACAACGAUAUGUUCCUCCCGAAGAAUGCGAUGCUGCUGCGCGAUUCUCUGGUAGAGGAGAUCGCUCACCCACAGGAGAAGGAGGUUAUGAAGUAUUUUAAUGCUGUCAACUUAGCGACACUGGUGAAUGACGCAGAGGAACUUUCGCAGCAGCUGAAGCAACUGAUACUUCAGAUAUCAAACGUUGCGUACCGCUGUUAUGAUAUUGCUCUUCACAUAUCCGAGGCUCAUUGUGCGGAUCGUCAACGACAACGUCUUCUUCUUAGCGUGAUUGGGAACCUUCGACUCCGCUGUAGCAACCUCAUGCGCGAGAUGCGACAUGGGGCAGAGCGUGAGAAGGAACUACUGCAGUGGGUUAUACAACGCGCUGCUUUACUAACGAAUGCCACUCCACCAGCAACUGACGUCCUUUUGCUAAAUGAACCUCUCCGAGCCCGCUGGCAUUCCAUGCUGCUUCGUACACUUCAUCGCAUUGGGCAUGGGGAGUCCGCUGUUACCUCCUUGGUUGAUGAAAAGGGCAUGAGGAAUGAGGUGGACCUAGCACAAAUAGUAAAGUCGUGUAUGCCGCGCCAUUAUGAAGUUACUGGCUACGACUUGCCUCUAGUUUGCCAGCAGAGUGAUCCAGUACACAUUCGUCAAUGCGAAAUACUCAUUAGCGACAAAACAAGUUUUGCAGUUGAUGGCGUCAUGCUGCGAACGGUGGCGCUUACGCGGGAAGAACCGUUUCAGCCCUUAACCGCAUUCUUUGUCCUUGAGCGUCAACCAGGUGCCGGUAGUGUCUUCAGGCAGGUACAGGAAUGGGUGUCUGUAGAGACCCAACAACUACAACUCACAGUUGAUACCGCUUCAUUUUUAUGGAGUGCAGUAGUUGAUGAAGAGAGCCAUUGUGUUGUGCUAUGGGAGCAGAAGGUCACAUCUCAAACACCGUCAGCAGCUCUUACAGGUGCAGCAGCGAACACUUGGGCGGAGCAAACUUUGGUGUUAGCCCUCACCGAUGAAAAUGGGGCUCUGGAGUUGCACAAUGAAGGUGUGGAUGAGAGUGUCGAUGAAACGGGUGGCAAUGCUACGGAAACUAGCGCCCAAGGGGCGAAAUAUGCGGUGCUUGAGGUUAAGGGCAUUUCCACGAAACAUCUGAGGGUGUCCGUGAGUCAAGUAAGAGGGUUUGGCGUGCUGUAUGCCAAGGAGCGCUUUGUUGUUGUUGAUUUUUACCGUGGCUAG